UCCUGGUCGUUUCUCUUUGCACUAAGAAAUAAGGAAAAUAUACCACAAAAACUGGAACACAAACAUACGCGUUUGGGCGAGAGAGAUAAGGGUUAAAAAGAACAUUUGGAGAGUUUCACUAUGGAAGAAAAUGAUCACAGCAACAGAGAUGUGGAGCGCCAGGACUCGGGCGAUGAGUCCAAUAGAGCUAUUCUGCCCCUGUUGCAGGCUCCUGGAAACCUACUGCCUCACAGAAUCACCAACUUUUACAUCGACAACAUUUUGAGACCAGACUUUGGUCGCAGGAAAGAAGGAAUCAGUCGCGACGAAAUUAAUAUAGUAGAAAGAGAGAACCGCUGUCCAGGGCAGGUAGGAGCUCCAGUGUCAGGGGAAGGAACCUCGAGCCCUCAUCCAGUGAGCGCGUCUAAAAAAACUGAUAUUACCGCGGACGCACCUCUGAAACCCCGUGCAGAGACUGGAGAUCAAUGUUUAAGCUCAGAUUCGGAUUGCUCGCAAAGUAACGCUGCGCAGACGAACCAACCAAUACUUUGGCCGGCUUGGGUAUAUUGCACAAGAUAUUCAGACAGACCUUCAUCAGGACCGAGAUCCCGCAAACCAAAGAUGAACAAUCCAACUAAGGAAGACAAGCGUCCGAGAACAGCCUUCACAGCGGAGCAACUCCAGAGACUCAAGAACGAAUUCCAGAAUAACCGUUACCUGACGGAGCAGAGGAGACGAGCUUUGGCCCAGGAACUCGGCCUCAACGAGUCUCAAAUCAAAAUCUGGUUUCAAAACAAAAGAGCGAAGAUUAAAAAAGCGUCGGGGAGCAAAAACUCACUUGCAUUGCAUCUGAUGGCACAAGGACUAUACAAUCACGCCUCAGCAACAAAGGACGACAAAUCAGACAGUGAUUAACGUGAAGGACAGGACAUCUGAAAUGCAAUAAUUCUAAACAAGGGCCAGUGUACAAAAUACCAGCAUUAAACGGAUGAAAACUUUAUGUAUGAGAUUUGAU